AGACAGAACCAAUCCAGUGUUAGAGAUUUCAUUCUUCUGGGAUUCCCAACACCCCUGGAAUUCCAAAUCUUGCUCUUCACAUUGUUCCUCAUUGUCUACAUUUUGGUUUUGUCUGAGAACGUCAUAAUCAUGCUGACAGUCUGGGUGAACAGCAACCUCCACACUCCCAUGUACUUCUUUCUGUGGAACUUGUCCUUCUUAGAGAUCUGGUACAUCACCGUCACCCUGUCAAAGGCUAUGGUGAACUUUGUGAUAGAGAGCAAUCUGAUCUCCUUUGUGGGAUGCAUGAUGCAACUCUAUUUCUUCCUGGCAUUGGGCUGCACUGAGUGUGUCCUCCUUGCCGUCAUGGCCUAUGACCGCUACGUUGCUAUCUGCUACCCUUUGCGCUACCAGGUAAUCAUGACACGAACUCUCUGUAUCCAGCUGGCAGCUGGAUCAUGGAUGAGUGGCUUUUUCAUCUCAACGUGGAAAGUCCUCCUAAUAUCUCAGUUGACAUACUGUGGUCCCAAUAUCAUAAAUCACUUCUUCUGUGAU